GUAGGAGGAGGAGAUACCGAUCAUAAUGUCAGAGACCUUCGUUUCGCACCCCUGCACGCCAUGAUGAACUUUGACGUCACUCCAGUUGAAGUAGUCACUCGUGAAUUUGUAGCAGUCGUCCUCGCGGGAUUUGGAAAUGAACUACUCCCUUUGACUGGUGAACAUGGUGACGAGCCUUGUCCAAAGGCGUUACUUCCUAUUUCAAACAAACCUAUGCUCGACUAUCCCUUGUCAUGGAUCGAGCAGUCUGGCAUCAAAGAUGUCCUUUUGAUAUGUCCUUCAUCCCACCGCCCCGCAAUAUCUCACUAUAUUCACUCGCAGUCUUCAUCUGCAUCCUUCUCUUCCGUCCAUAUUGACCUCCAGACUUUCGAUGAAUCACAAGAGCUGAGUGCAGGGACAUGCUCCGUACUUCGCCAUUUCGCCAACCGCAUCAAGGAGGACUUCAUUCUACUCCCUUGCGAUUUCAUACCGCCGCCUUCUCUACCUUUAUCAAAGUUGCUCAACAAGUUCCGCACGGACUCGAUGUUAGAUGGUUCCAUCGUGACUACGUGCUGGUAUGAGCACAGAUCGGACAAGCAAUCUACUCCAGAUGAGUGGGGUUCUCCGGCACAACCGACUCCGAUCGUAUGGGAUCACCUCAGCGGCACCCUGUUAUAUGUAGAUAGUCCUCGUGAAGCAGACAAAAAUAGCGAUGAACUGGAGCUGCGGAUGACCUUACUCUCAAGAUAUCCACAGGCAAAGUUGUCUUCGAAGUUGCUAGACUCACAUGUUUACGUUUGUCAACGCAAUGUGCUCGACUUGUUGGCCCAGAAAACUCGGUUUGACUCUCUUAGAGAAGACUUCUUUCCUUGGUUAUGCAAAUUGCAGUAUCAAUCAACUAAGCAGGAAAAAUAUGUCACGAGCCUUCGAAUAGGAAUUACAAUUCAUCGAGCGGAUGACGGCUUUGCUGUUCGCGUCAACAAUCUACCAGCGUACCUCGAGGCAAAUCGUCAUUUUGUAGCUGACACCUCCAUCGGAGACUUCACACGUGUCGAGGAGAAGUCAACCAUUAAAAAAUCUACUAUCGGAAAGCAUUGUGUUAUCGGCAAGAUGGUGAAGAUCGUGGGAUGCGUUCUCCUGGAUCAUUGUGUUAUUUCUGAUGGGGCGAAGCUCGAUGGUUGCAUUCUGGGCAAAAAUACUACUGUAGGUUCGAAAGCAGAGUUGAUAAGAUGCGUUACCCAGGCUGGGUACGAAGUAGAAGAUAAUGAAUCAGUGCGAAACGAAAAGCUUGACAUUUCAGACUGGGCUGCACAACCGGAAGACAGCGAAGGUGAUGUUGAAGACAGUACAGGAGAGGAAGAAAGCGACGAAGGCGAAGACUGACCACCAAGGACCACGUAGUUUUCAGUGGAAGGCAUGUACCCAGUGCACAGACAACAUAUACAGAACUUGAGUGUGUACAUCAUUCAUCCAAACGUCUGAUUUUUUUGCAGAUCGCGAUCUUCGCCUUGUGUCCUCCCCCCUUUCCUCGACGUUCUGAGUUGGCUCACAACGCUUAUUCUCACUUUGUAGCCAAAUGUCACCUCGACCUACCUACCAUCAAGGCAGGGCCCUUUUCGUUCUGCUCAACAUUGCAUGUAUACCGACUUUGUGCGCAAUAACCUGAGCAAGCUUCUGCGGUCGCGAAUGCCCGACGCAGAAUACCACCAAUCAUCGAAGUAAGAGUGGACAGUAGAAAAUGUGCGAGACGGGAGAGUGGUGGGACAGUCCUGCAAGCGUAUGUGAAAGGUAUGUGCGCAGA